CUUGUGCCUGCGCUCGAGUCGGAGCCCAGAGGUCCCGGGGCGAGCUCCGGGCGCUGCGUCCCGCGCCGAGCCCGGCCGGGCCUGCGAGCACCGCCGCCCAGCCCCGUCUCUGUCUCUCCCAUCCAGCCGAGCCCGGCCGGGCCUGCGAGCACCGCAGCCCAGCCGGGUCUCCGUCUCUCCCAUCCCCCUCCAGCGCGCAGCUCCCGCCGAGUUGCCCCAGAGACCACGACGCCGCCGCCGAGGGACCAAUGAGAGCCCCGCUGCUGCCGCCGGCGCCGGUGGUGCUGUCGCUCUUGAUCCUCGGCUCAGCCCAUUAUGCUGCUGGAUUGGAUGUCAAUGACACCUACUCUGGAAAAGAGGAACCGUUUUCUGGGGACCACAGUGCUGAUGGGUUUGAGGUGACCUCAGGAAGUGAGAUCUCCCCUGUGAGUGAAAUGCCUUCUAGUAGCGAACUGCCCUUGGGUCUCGACUAUGACUAUGAAGAAGAGUAUGACAACGAACCACAAAUAUCCGGCUAUAUUGUAGACGAUUCCAUCAGAGUUGAACAGGUAGUUAAGCCCAAGAAAAACAAAACAGAGAGUGAAAAGACUUCAGAUAAACCCAAAAGAAAGAAAAAGGGAGGCAAAAAUGGAAAAAAUAGAAGAAACAAAAAGAAGAAAAAUCCAUGUGAUGCAGAAUUCCAAAAUUUCUGCAUUCAUGGAGAAUGCAAAUAUAUAGAGCACCUGGAAGCAGUAACGUGCCAGUGUCAUCAGGAUUACUUUGGUGAGCGGUGUGGGGAAAAGUCCAUGAAGACUCACAGCAUGGUUGACAGUAAUUUAUCAAAAAUUGCUUUAGCGGCCAUCGCUGCCUUUGUCUCUGCCGUGAGCUUCACAGCUGUUGCUGUUGUUAUUACAAUCCAGCUUCGAAAACGAUACUUCAGGCACUGUGAGGGAGAAGCUGAAGAACGAAAGAAACUUCGACAAGAAAAUGGAAAUGCACAUACCAUAGCAUAACUGAAGGGUAGCAGAUCGGAGUCACUGUCAUGUGACAACCAUGAAGAGCUGGUGCCUCUUUUCAGUGGAUCAUAAGAAAACAGAACCUUUUUGUUCUGAUGGUUUUAAAUUUUCAAUUGUCACUUUUUAUGCUAAGUCUUAUUUCUGUACAUAAAGCGGCAUGCAGAUAAAAAGUAUUUUUUCAAGUUGUAAAUAAUUUAUUUAAUAUUUAAUGGAAGUGUAUUUAUUUUACAGCUCAUUAAAAUUUUUUAAUCAAAAAGAUUGAGAGUUUGAAUAUAA